UAAAAUCCCAACCCCUUUAACGUCCGCUCCACUUGCGUCCUUUCUUCUCACACCAAACCUACAGUCCCAUCUUCUCUACUCGCGCGCGCUCUCCCUCUCUCUCUUUCUUGCUCUGGGAAAUCUCCUAUGGCUACAGAAGAAAUCCAAAACUCUGCAGUAGCUCAACCCCCUCCCCCAGCUUCUUCUCUCCCCCACUACCCCGAGAUGAUUAUGGCUGCCAUCGAGGCUUUGAAAGACAAGAAUAGCUCGGACAAGUCGGCUAUAUCCAGUUAUAUUGAAUCGACCUACACGGAUCUGCCGGAGGCUCACUCGACCCUGCUCUCGCAUCACCUGGACCAGCUGAAACAGAGCGGUCAGCUCGUUCUGGUCCAAAACAACUACAUGAAGCCCGACCCGAACGCGCCUCCGAGGCGUGGGCGCGGACGCCCACCGAAGCCCAAGGCGACGGUCCCGUCCGGACCCGCGGUCGGGUCGCCCAGACCCCGAGGUCGUCCACCCAAGCCGAGAGAUCCUUUCGCACCGCCGCCGCCGCCCAAAGCGAAGAAUGCAUCCUCAGGAAGUGGCAGGCCUCGUGGCCGUCCUCCCAAGAAGGCCAAGAUGGCUUCGGCUUCGGCCGCUGGUGGGGCGCCUAGAGGGAGAGGAAGGCCGCCGAAAGUGAAGCCGGCUGUGGCCCCGGUGGGGUGUUGAGCUAGAUCAGACAUGAGAGAGAGAGAGAGAGGCUCUUUUUUUAUUAGGUGUAUUAGUUCUCUGCUAAUUGAUGUUUUUUUUUUAAUUUUUAGCUUUAUCUUUAUGUUUAUCCACUUUUGUUUUUUUCUUUAUUUUAAUCUCUCCCUCUUCGACUUUUGUCGGUUCUUUUUUAUUUUAUUUUUGGUGUUUUAUUUAAGUGGUGGGGGUUGUAACGUUAAAAUGUGACUGUAAUUCCAUGUAAAUUGUGUAGCGGCUGUUUAGGCUUUGUUUAGAAUCAUGAUUCGACCAAUUCUGAUUA